AUGAGCGCCAACGAGACCAACACGGGCCGCAAGGUCCUCAUAGCCGAUCUGCCGAUGAUGUGGCCGAGCGACAUGCGCCGUUUCGAGAAGGAGGGUGGUGUAUGGGGGCAGCAGUUUAGGCAGCGGCGCUAUCAGCUCACCUUUGCGUUGACUCUGUCUGCAGCGUCAACACUUCUUGGGUCGUGGUACGUCGUGAUGCGGCGCAGGAACACGUACUUUGUGCUCUUCUCCACCUUCAGCGGCUUCUCGGUGCUCGGUUUCUGUAUUGGCAUGUCCCUCGCCCCGCUGUGGUACGAGAACGUGGCGAACAACAAGGAGACAUCUAUGAUGCGGCGGGUGUGGUGGGCGAAGGAGUGCGCCAAGCACUGGGACUACUCGCAAGUGAACAAGGAUCGCUGGGUGGCGUCGUACCCCAAGGCUGUGCAUCCCGACACGAAGAUCCAGUAG